CCACCUUCCAAUAAUGUACACUUUUAAACACCGCGACGUACAACACCAAGCUCACCAUUCUAAGAUCGACUUAUCUCUUUAACCACCAUGACCGCGAUCAGAACCCAGUUGAUCGUCUUCGACUUUGACUGGUCGAUGGCAGAUCAAGACACUGAUCGCUGGGUAUUCGAAGUCUUGGCGCCUGAUAUCCGCAGAAAGAUGAAAACGCUCCAACAAAGCGUUCAAUGGACCGAUCUCAUAGCACAGUCGUUGCAGGAAAUUCAUGCACGCGGCAGGACGCGUGAGGAGAUCGAACAUACCCUUCGUCAAAUGCCGUUCCACCCCGCGAUGGUACGCGGUAUCACCAACCUCAAGGGAGCGUCCAACCCCACCACUACAUUAUUUUGCCUCUCUAACGCUAACUCUGUUUUUAUCAACACUAUUCUUGAGUCCAAAGGGCUGCAAAACCUGUUUGAAGAAAUCGUGACUAACCCAGCAGAGUUUGAUCCUUCGGGUUUACUCAAGCUCCGUCGUAGAGUCGACCCCGACGGGCCUCAGCACAGCUGUGCAGUCGGAUGCAGCCCCAACAUGUGUAAAGGUGAAGAGCUCGCUGCGUUUUUGGAGCGCCACAAGCCUGGCUACGACCGUAUCGUCUAUGUUGGAGAUGGGUCUAAUGACUUUUGUCCUAUCCUCAGACUGCGAAGCCAGGAUCUAGUGCUCUGCCGGCGGUUCCGUGGCCUCGAGGGCCGCAUUUCUCGAGAAGGUGGUCAUCAGUGUCAGGUCAAGUACUGGGCGGGCGCUUGGGAGGUCGAAGAGAUCUUUAAUCAAUUCAUAGAGAAGAAUUGAAGGUGGCGAUGCUGCUGGAUGGCGUCGAUCGAUGUUAUUGGAGUAUUUAUGGCUGCAUGGAUGCUGCCGGCACUUUACGAGGUGCCCUGAUUUAACAUUAUGGAAACGUCUAUCGCAUAUGGCAUCUAGAUAUGAUAUCAAAGUUUGGCCUCACAGAUGUUUAAGCGCCAAUAACCAUAGAUUUCAUACUGACAAGGCCUAUCUUAUUACCUUCUGUCCGAGUCCAUCACAGCUGCGACAAUACUCCUGAGUCAUCCCAUUUGUACUGGUACUGGCACCAACUGGGAGGAAGUUUAACAUCAUA